AUGACUGCUACCACCGACACCAAAGUCCCCCGGGACUCGACCACCACACCCUCCUCCGAGCACCAGGGCCAUGUCGAUGCCGCCCACCUCGCCCAAGAUGCCGCCCACGCCGCCGACGCGGAGCACAACAUGGGCAUCCUGGCCGCCGUCAGGCAGUACCCCAAGGCCAUCGGCUGGUCCAUGCUCCUCUCGUCCACCCUCAUCAUGGAGGGCUACGACCUCGCCCUGCUGGGCAACCUCUACGCCUCCCCCGUCUUCAACGAGAAGUACGGUGCCUGGUCCGAGGAGCAGGGCAAGCACGUCAUCAGCGCGGCCUGGCAGAGCGGUCUCUCCAACGGGGCGCGCGCCGGCGAGGUCAUUGGCCUCCUCAUUGCUGGUUGGAUCACGGACCGCUACGGCGCCAAGUGGACGACCAUUGGCUUCCUGUACAUGAUGAUCGGCACCAUCUUCGCCCUCUUCUUCGCCCCCAACGUCCAGAUCCUCGUCCUGGGCGAGGUCCUCUGCGGCAUCCCCUGGGGCGCCUUCCAGAGCGUCGCCGCCCAGUACGCGUCCGAGGUCUCGCCCGUCAUCCUCCGCCCGUACCUCACCACCUUUAUCAACAUGUGCUGGGUCAUUGGCCAGUUCUUCGCGGCCGCCGUCAGCCGCGGCUCCGUCGACUACCAGGACGCCCGCGCGUACCGGAUCCCCUUUGGCGUCCAGUGGCUCUGGCCCGUCCUCAUCCUCUGCGGUCUGCACUUUGCCCCCGAGUCGCCCUGGUGGUACGUCCGCAAGGAUCGCCACGAGGAGGCGCGCAAGGCCCUGCUCCGUCUCACCAACCAGAACGAUCCGCACUUCAACCCGGACGAGACGGUUGCCAUGAUCCAGCACACCAACGAGAUGGAGCGCCGCGCAAAGCAGGGCACGACGUAUCUAGACUGCUUCCGGGGCAUCGAUCUGCGCCGCACAGAGAUUGUCGUCGGCAUCUGGACGGUGCAGACGCUCGGUGGACAGAACCUCAUGGGUUACUACAGCUACUUUAUGAAGCAGGCCGGUCUCACGGAGAAGCAGGCAUUCUCCAUGUCCAUGGCCAACUCCGCGCUCGGCCUCGUGGGCACCGCCGGAUCCUGGUUCCUCAUGCACAAGAUUGGCCGCCGCACAAUUCACUUCUCCGGUCUGUCUGGCCAGCUCCUCAUCCUCCUCAUCGUCGGCAGCCUGUCCUUUGGUCAGGGCGGUUCCUUCUCCUGGGCCAUUGGCGGCAUGCUGAUCCUCUUCACCUUUGUAUACGACUUUGCCGUCGGGCCCGUCACCUACUCGCUCGUGUCGGAGCUAUCGUCGACCCGCCUCAAGGCCAAGACCAUUGUCCUCGCCCGCGCCGCGUACAACACCAGCAACAUCUUUGUCAACGUCAUGACCAACUACCAGCUCUCCUCCACCGCAUGGGACUGGGGCGCCAAGACGGCCUACUUCUGGGCCGGCACCUGUCUCGUGUCCUGCGUCUGGGUCUUCUUCCGUCUGCCGGAGCCCAAGGGCCGCACCUAUGCCGAGCUGGACAUGCUGUUUGCCAAGGGCAUCAACGCCCGCCGCUUUGCCGAGACAGAGGUCGAUCCCUACACGGCCGAGGCCACAGAAGGCAAGGAGGCCUUGACCACCGAGACGGAGAAGAUCUAG